AUGAUGUAUGACGAACUUGCGGCGUUUGUCGUGGAGGAAGUGGCUCUCGACGGAGAUCAGGGGACUGAACUUUCUCGCUUUUGGAACUUUGUUGAUUCUUAUGUCGACAGUAAAAAAGAUGAGCUGGCUGCCCCUCCUUCGACAGACGAUCAAUGGAAAGACCACGUAUGGAAAAUGCUGUCGAGGAUGUCGGGAAUGACAUGUAAAGUGAUACCAGAGCACCGUCAAAACACUGCUGUGCAAGGUGGAACAGGAAGGAAGGGAAAAGGAAGGGCUAGGGAUGAAAAUGUUGAGCUGGAGACUGUUGACGUUAGUAAUAUGACAUUAAAAGAUGUCAAUGAGCGUUUUGGUGGCAGACUUCGCUUAACAGCAGACGCGGAUUUACAGCGAACGGCUAUGUUUGGUGAUGAGGACAUUGUACAACUAGUUUCGGCACAAAGCCUCAAAGUUCUACAUCAUGUGGCUAGAACGCGUUCUGUCGGAGCAACGCAAGCGGACAUGGCCAAGGAACUUAAACUAGAUCCAAGAUCCUUAUUCCACUUUGUAAAAACGCUUGUACAGAAAAAACUCGUAGUUAAGCUUCCUGUCGUAACAAAAGGGAAUUAUACAAGUUUAGUAAUACUUGCGAAAUGUGCUCCGUAUAAUUCUGCAUAUGCCGGGAAGUCUGUAUAUCUUCCAAGUCCAACCACGGGUUCUAAUCCUAGCCCAGGAGUAUCCUUUAACUCACAUCUGAUCAGAUUCCGCAUAACGCAAUUGUUAGCUAAUGCUAAAAAUCAAAUGCUAUAUGCAUCGGAUUUACUUAGAGCUUUGGGGAUGUGCAAUCCUUCCAUGAGACAACGACGUUGGUUUAAUAGAACUCUUGGCGGAUUGCAAAGACGAGGUUAC